ACAAUAAAUAAAUUAAUGUAAUCCAUAAACUAACAUAUAUUUACGUACUAGGAUACUAUAUUAGAUUGGUUUGGUGUUUAUGAUGUUUAUGACCCAAAUAAAUUUGGGUGGAGAAUAGUGAAACAAGCUAAGCAUCAUACAUCUAUGAUCUAUCUCCUUUCAUUCCAAACCUCUAAUCUCCCGAAAUAAUCAAUUAAAAAUGCUAUAAGACUCCUCUCAAAAAGAAAAAAAAUAAAAAAUGCUAUAAGACUUGUUCACCAACCUCUGAGAAGAAGGGAGGCUAAGGCCGGUUCAAUCCCGUCCUUCUCCCGGCCGGCCCUUCUCGAUUGAAACAACAAUGGAAGAAGAUGGCAACCAGGGCAGGAAGAUUGUCGUCCUUGUCAUGAGUUCUGUGCUCCUUGUUGCCAUGGUGGUCGCCAUCGUGAUAGGGAGCCAAUAUCAAGACGAAACAGUAGAAAUGAUGACGGCCUCCCAGAAAGCCAUUGAUACCGUGUGCCAGCCUACUAUGUAUAAACAAACAUGUGUGGAUAGUCUGUCGUCUUCAAGGGCUGCAAAUUCUGGAGACCCCAAUGAGCUUAUCAUGGCGGCGUUUAAUGUAACCAUCGAUGACCUUCGCAAGUCGAUGGGGAAAUCGGAGCUUUUGGUGAAUCUUAAGGACAACCCGAGGUCGAAGAUGGCUUUGGAGGAUUGCCAGGAGCUGGCUCAGAAGGCGAUACGUGAUCUUCAAAGGACACGGGUGAAGUUCGGGAACUUUGACCAUAUAGAUAUGGAUAGUUGGCUGGCAGAUCUCAAGGCAUGGCUCAGUGGCUCUCUUACCUAUCAGGAAACUUGCAUCUCUGGCUUCCAGGAAAUCCCUGGAAAUGAUGAUAACAAAAUGAGGGAGAUUUUGACCAAAUCCAUGCAACUUACUAGCAAUGCCUUGGCUAUUGUUACCCAACUCUCUGACGUUUUUAUCAGUUUUGGAACCGGACAUGGUGCCGAGGCCCCAUCACCCUACAACCAAGAUAGUAUUAGCCAUCUUCUUUCCCCCGCCCAAUUACAAGACUUCCCGGGUUGGCUCAGCUCAGGAAGGCGCAGGCUUCUUAAGGCCAGUCUCAAAGAGAUUGAACCAGAUCUCGUUGUGGCAAAAGAUGGAUCCGGAAAUUACACCAGCAUUAAUGAUGCAUUAAAGAAUAUUCCUACCAAAAGUGACGAAACUUUUGUGUUGUACAUCAAAGAGGGUGUUUAUGAAGAGCAGGUUACCUUUUUCCGUAACCUCACUAAUCUGGUGGUGGUGGGUGAUGGUCCAACCAAGACGAAAAUCACCGGAGGGUUGAAUUUCAUCGACGGGGUUUCCACGCUUCACACUGCUACCGUUGUUGUUGUUGGUGACUUUUUCAUGGCUAGGGACAUCGGGUUCGAGAACUCUGCAGGGGCGGAGAAGCACCAGGCGGUGGCGUUGAGGGUGGGGGCUGAUAAAACCAUCUUCUAUAACUGCAGGAUGGAUGGGUACCAAGACACACUCUACGCGCACACUUACCGCCAAUUCUACCGCAACUGUGAGAUCUCCGGCACCAUUGAUUUCAUCUUUGGGGACAGUGCGGCCGUGUUCCAGAACUGCACCAUUGUGGUCCGGAAGCCACUGGAAAAGCAGCAGAACAUUGUGACGGCGCAGGGGCGAAAGGACCCGCACCAGCCCACAGGGCUUGUCCUGCAGAACUGCACCAUUGUGGCAGAUCCAGAUUAUGGCCUAGUGAAGUUCAAGGUGAAAUCGUACCUGGGCCGCCCCUGGAAGGAGUACUCAAGAACCAUUAUCAUGGAAUCCUUCAUCCCGGAUUUCAUUCAGCCGGAGGGGUGGUUGCCAUGGGACGAGGAUUUUGCGUUCCAAACCCUCUUCUACUCAGAGUUCAACAACAGAGGACCCGGUGCUUCUAAAUCCAAGCGGGUGACUUGGCAUGGAAUCAAGGAGCUUCCUGCAAGCCAAAUCAAACGGUUCACUCCCGGAAAAUUCAUCACCGGCAAUACUUGGAUUAAGAAGAAGGAGGUUCCUUACAAUGCUGGCUUCAUUUACCCGCUACCAAAGAAGGACAAAUCCAUCAAGUACUCCGAUUUAGACGACGAUGAUUUCAAAGAUAUAGGCGAUAAAGAGAAGGAGGCUUAUGUUUCUCGUCCACCUCCACUUUCAAUUAGUAUCUCUCCUUCCCCGGCUCCAACUCCAUCUCUAGCACCUUCUCCUUCUCCUUCUCCGGCUCCAACUCCAUCUCUGGCACCUUCAAUUAGUAUCUCUCCUUCUCCGGCUCCAACUCCAUCUCUAGCACCUUUUCCUUCUCCAGCUCCAAGUCCAUCUUUGGCACCUUUUAUUAGUAUCUCUCCUUCUCCGGCUCCAACUCCAUCUCUGGCCGAACCGUCAAAGGCUUCUGCGGGGAUUUAACUCACUCAUAUUAAGCUAGCUCUACAACUAUUCAAGCUUACACCUUACCUAACCUAACUAUUCAAGCUCACACCUUACCUAACCUAACUAUUCAAGCUCACACCUUACUA